AUGUCAUCGAAUAAUUCAUCAGUAGCAUCAUCAUCGUCAUCAUCGUCAUCAAAUUCGAAUACAAAUAGUACAUAUGAAUCAUCAUUAGAUCAAUUACGUUCAUUAUUGCCUAAUUCAAAUGCGAAAGGAAUGUCGGAUUAUGAUGUUGUUCGAUCAGCAACUGAUUAUAUACAAACAUUAAUGAAAGAUACCGGGAAUGUCAACUUUCAAACACGAUUAUCGCUUUGUGUUCAAAUUCAAGAACAAGAAAUACUUAAUGAUAAAUAA